ACCACAGUAAAAGAAGAAGAGCAGCAGUGUGUUCAGAAGCUAAGGGAACAUUAAGAGGAGUUAAAGAAAUAAAUAAUGUCAUGUUGCAAGAUUCCUUCUGCUCAUAGUGUCCGCAAACUUCCUGAGAUCAAAUUCACACAGAAGGAAUCCAGCGAAUUUUAAGCUGCUAAAAGUAUUAAAAGUCAGGAAAUGGCAUCCAAAAAAACCCCAGUACUCAAUCAACAACAUCUUUUGGUACCUUCUGCAUGAAGCCAUCAAACUAACAAAAAAUACUAACAUGGAGAAAACUCCUUACACUUUAGCGUCUGGGAAGAGUUGUGGAGACUCAGAAACUGUCGAACUGAACCAGCACUCUCCGACAGAAGAGAAACUGUAUACCUGCCCAGUCUGUGUGAAGAGUUUUACUCAUAAGGGUUCUCUGCAAAAACACAUUCGCAUUCACACUGGAGAGAAACCGUAUUCCUGCCCAGAAUGUGGGAAGAGUUUUACUCAGAAAGUUUCUCUCCGAAUACACAAUCGCAUUCACACUGGAGAGAAACCGUAUUCCUGCUUGGACUGUGGAAAGAGUUUUACUCAUAAGGUUUCUCUCAGAAUACACAAUCGCAUUCACACUGGAGAGAGACCGUAUCACUGCUCAGAGUGUGGGAAGAGUUUUAGAGAUAGAAACACGCUCCAAUUGCACCAGCGCAUUCACACUGGGAUUAAACCAUAUUCCUGCUCCGAAUGUGGUAAGCGUUUUAAACAGAAGGGUUCUCUCCAAAUACACAAUCGCAUUCACACUGAAGAGAAACCAUAUCAGUGCCUAGACUGUGGAGAGAGCUUUGCUCAACGGAAUUCUUUGCAACAUCACCAGAGCAUUCACACAGGAUUGAAACCGCAUCUCUGCUCAUAUUGUGGGAAGAGUUUUACCCUAGUGAGUAAUCUCCAAGCACACCAACGCAUUCACACUGGAGAGAAACCGUACCACUGCUCAAAGUGUGAGAAGAGCUUUGCUCAACUGCGUUCUCUGCAAAAUCAUCAGAGCAUUCACACUGGAGAGAAACCUUACCAGUGCUCAGAAUGUGGGAAGAGUUUUGCUACACCUUAUUGUCUCAGCCGGCACAAGCGCAUUCACACUGGAGGGAAACUGUAUCACUGCUCGGAGUGUGAGAAGAGCUUUGCUCAACUGCGUUCUCUACAAAAUCACCAGAGCGUUCACUCUGGAGAGAAACCGUAUCAGUGCUCAGUCUGUGGAAAGAGUUUUGCUACACGUAGUUGUCUUACACAGCACCAGCGGAUUCACACUGAAGAAAAACCAUAUUCCUGCCCUGAUUGUGGGAAAAGUUUUGCUAUACAUAUUUGUCUCAGACGGCACCAGCGUGUCCACACUGGGGAGAAACCGUAUCACUGCUCAGAGUGUGGAAAGAGCUUUGCUCAAAUGCGUUCUCUGCAAAAUCACCAGAGCGUUCACACUGGAGAGAAACCUUACCAGUGCUUAGAAUGUGGGAAGAGCUUUGCUCAAAUGCGUUCUCUGCAAAUUCACCAGCACAUUCACACUGGAGAGAAACCUUAUUCCUGCUCCGACUGUGGGAAGAGUUUUGCUAGACGUAAUUGUCUCACACAGCACCAGCGCAUUCACACUGGAGAAAAACCAUAUCACUGCUCGGAGUGUGGGAUUAGCUUUGCUCAAAUGCAUCUUCUGCAAAAUCACCAGAGCGUUCACACUGGAUUGGAAGAGCAGCAUCCCUGCUCAGACUGUGGGCAGAGUUUUACCACAGAGAGUGGUCUCCAAGUUCACCAGCUCAUUCACAAAAAUGAGAAAACUAUCACUGCUCAGACUGAUGGAAGGGAUUUACCCAACUGAGAUAUCUCCAAAUAGAUUGUCUUGCAAAAGGUUUCAUACACCUUGAACUUUUUGCCACCUUACAACCACAAAUUUAAAUGUAUUUUAUCGAGAUUUUAAGUGAUGGAUCAAUACAAAAAAAUUGCAUAAUUGUGAAGUGGAACAUAAAUGAUACACGGUUUAAAAAUCCAGUGCAGUCAGUUGCCUUCAGAAGUCACUAAAGUAGUUAGGGGGCCAGCUGUGUGUAAUUUGUGUAAAGGCUUCAGUGGUUUGUUAGAGAACACUAGUGAACAAACAGCAACAAAAAAACAAGGAACUCACCAGACAGCUCAGAGAUAAAGUUGUAAAGAAGAGGUUUAAAGCAGGGUUAGGUUAUAAAAAUGUAUCCCAAGCUUUAAACAUCUUAAGCAGCAUUUAAAAAUCCAUCAUCCAAACA